GGAACUUACUGACUUUUGUUCCCGUGCGCGUGCGUUUGGGAUGGCCCACGCCUCGCCCUCGGUCAGUCUCCAGUUAACGACGAGUGAGCUUCUAUUUCUUUUCGGCGACUCUUUACCCGAGGACCGCGCUGCGAAGUCCCCCUCGCAGCUCGCGGGCCCCCCACACGGAUGGCUCGAACGAAGGCGGACGUGCGGAAGGCCGUGGAGAGCAAUCAGACCAAAGGGAAGCCCACGCGGAAGGGCAAGACUUGUAAGAAAAAAAAGGGCGGCGACAACGAGAAGGAGAGCUCGACCCCGCCGCAGGGCAGAGGUGACCCAGCGCAGUACGAGGGCUCCACCGAGCUGCUGGUGCCGAAGCAGGCCUUCCAGCGCUUGGUGCGGGAGAUCUGCCAGAAGCUCGGGCCCUUUCGGUUUGAGGUGCAGGCGCUGCUGGCGCUGCAGGAGGCCUCGGAGAUGUUCCUGACCGGCCUCUUCGAGGACACGGGCCUCUGCGCCCUCCACAAUCGGAGGGUCACCAUCAAGCCGCGGGACUUGCAGCUGUCGCAGCGCAUCCGCGGUGGUACCGCAGAGGGUUCCAAGUCCUCGGCGCGCACGCCGAGGGCCGCGCGGGACGCCAAGACAGAGCCAGCGCCCGCCGCCAAGGCGGAGCAGGCGCCCGCGGCCAGGCCGGAGGAGGCGCCCGCCGCCGCGGCGGCGCCGGCCCCCUCCGCCACGCCCGCGCCGGACGCCGCGG